AAUGUAUAAUGUASAUCAAUGCAACAUGUCCUUACGUUUUGAUUUUUUUUGAGUAUUAUUUGCUUAUAUUACAAUAUAUAUAAUAUUAGGUACUACACGGUUUUGAGUAAUUUUGAUCGCAGGCAAUAUCUAUUCUACAAGGCUGAAAAUUGUAACUUGUAACUUGCAACAGGCCACUUAUUUUGAUCAUAAUUAUUUGUGUUCAUCAGUUGACGCUUCUCUCACCUUUUACAUCUUAUCACCCGACGUUUACUUGUUAUUAUUGUUGUUGUUUCCGYGUGUGAACCGUGAGUGCGCGUCGUUCGUGACCGAGUACUGCGUUAGCGACGACGCACUAACGAAAUAUMAUUUCUGUAUCGCUCACUGACAGUGCGACACUGCGACGGCCGCAUUUCGAGUUUCUGUGGUCGGUACUUCGAGUUCAUUCAGUGAUUCAGAACGGCACAGGUUAGRCUAGCUUCAGCACUGUGAUUGAGGUCCGGUGCUCCAAUUUUUAAUUUGCUAAACGUCUCUCACGGACGAAAGCGGUCAGCGCCGACUUUUAGGGCAGACUCUCGGUACCCGCUUUUUCGAUCGUUGUUGCAGUUGCGAGGGCCGUUUGAAUGGAAAUUUGAAGAUCAAAUUCGGUACGAUGACGACCACCUCUCUGAAACGACAACGCGAACCCGAUGACGAUUUCGUCGUCGUCUCUGCAUGCUCGUCCACUGACUCUGCUGAGUCUGCAGAUACUAUGACCACCAGCUCUAACAAUACCGCUUCUACCACUAUCCUGGACUUACCCACCGAAUUGAUUGAGUACAUUUGUUGCUUUGACUCGUUGAAAUUGAUUGACGUUUUUAAUCUUGCUGUUUCGCAUUCCAAACUCAACAACUGCUUGUUCCACGAACGAAACUCUAGCCUUUGGAAAUCCAAAUUCAUACAAAAAUACGGUUUGUUGGACAAUGAGGAAUAUGAAGUUGUUAUCGACGAACAAAACACUUGGAAGGACGAGAUCAUGUUGCGUAAAAGUUUGGAUAAAGCUGUACCUGCUGAAAUUAUACAAAUGCCCUGCAAGUACAUGAAGUUUAAGAAUGUACCGUAUCAUAUGUAUCCGUUUAGUCAAUAUUUGAACUCAAAAAAUGAAGGCCAUAGAUAUUAUAUACUAUCAGCAACUGCAGCUUAUUAUAAGCAACUACAACAGAGUAGUGAAUGUGGUAAUUCAAAUUAUGAUCUAAUGUACAUGACACAUCAAUUUCUUAUUUACUCGUGUCAAGUGUAUUUUGGUUAUAAGUUAACUAAUUUCUUAAAUUUACCACCUGCAGAACAAAUUGUUGAAAAAGGAUUUUACUUACUUGGACGUUGGUGGUGUCCUACGGUUAACAUACCAUAUCGUGAUAUAAACAAAAGUUUGAAUAACAUAGCUAUUGAUGUGUGUAAUCGCAUUCGUAUAGUAAACCCAGAUCAUCCUCUAUUCGAGCAUGAAAACUGUUUGAAGCGAGUGGUUGAACGUGCAAAAUUCAAUCUUGAUCAUGAUUUAUUUGAUGAGACCAACACAAUGUUUAUACUUGAUAACAUAAGACAAACCAUAUUUUCAGAAAAUCAACGGGUUUGUUAUUGUAACCAUGACUUAAAUUGUUUCUUGUUGCAACAGGUAAUUGAUCGAAGAAAAGGUUCUGUAUUUUUGCUAUGUGUGAUAUUCGAAUCAGUAGCUAGACGAUUAGGAGUAAAAGUUCGUUUAACUGCAACAUCUGUUCACAAUUUUGUAUCUUGGUCAUCUUCAUGGCCGGGAAACAAACGUAAGAACCCUACAUGCUACUUGGUAGAUAUUGCUGGUGGUGGUCUCAUGCGAAAGGCUACAGUUUGUCCAGUUUCAAGAAAAUUGCCAGAACAUUAUAAUGGAAAUUCUGUUAUCGAUUUGUUUUGGACCUUUAGUAAAACUGUGGAACAGCUCACUAUUGAAAAUAUGGCUACGUAUAAAUAUGUGUUGGAUUUCCAAAAACUCUUAAAACCUGAUGAUUCCGAGGUUGAAAUUAAAUGUCAGAAAUUCCAUCAGUAUUAUGACUAUUGUCGAUGUCCCUUACUCAGAAAUCCAUCUAAUCCUUACGCUCCAAACCAUGUAGAUGAAAAGAACAUUAUGUACACAGAUUGGCAAGAAAUUUUCCCUUUAGUACCUAAAAAACGUGGUGAGAUUCAUGAUCCAAAAUAUUCGAUUGGCAUGAUGAUUGAUACCAUUACGAUGGGUAAUGGCUCUUGUUCAAGUAUAGUGACUAAACGUGGUGUUGUUGUGGGCUGGACAAGAGUGCCCAGUAACAAUCCAUUGCCAAAUCCAACUGUUUACCAUGUGCUCAUCAGACCUGAUCAUUAUUUCAGUACAGCCAAAUAUCAAAACCCUGUUAUCAAAGCUAUAUGGGAAGGCAGAUAUGAAAAAUUGCAACGACAACUAAAACCAUACGAUUACAGUUUCAAGAACAUUGGCAAGUUUUUCACACAUUACAGUCAUGAAUUGUGCGCUUUUGUGCCAAUUAGUGAUUUGGCGAAACUUUAUCCUGAUGAUUUAUCAUACACUAUCAGUAAAUCAAUGAACAUUGACAGCAAAGUCAAACAGUUUACAGGUUCACAUGUUGUUCCUAAGUAUUAAUGUUUUUUUUUUUUUUUUACAAAUGCUGAUGUAUUUUUUACUUAUUUAUUGUCUUAUUCUCAUUAUUAUCAAAUUAUACAUUGUUAAAAUAUAGCUACUAGUUUGUAACAACUUUAUGUUGGAAAAAUAUUAUAGGGCAUAGAUAACACUCUCUACAACCUUAUCUGUCAGGCACAUACUGUUUAUUCUCUAUUAUCAGUGUUGCUUAUUGUGUUAACUUAACGCAUGAAAAUAACAAAAUCCUACCUAGUCCUCAAUACAUAUAAUCUAUAAUAAUAAAUGUUUUAUUUUAGCCCUACUGAGAAUUUUGGUUAAUUUAUU